CUUCCUUUUGAAAAUGUCUCUGUAAUGUAGAUAAAUGUGUGGGAUUUUCUCUCUAAAUCCGUCUCCUGUUCGCUAAAUCUCACUUCUCCAAAACGAGCCUGCGCAAUGAAGCAAAGUCGGGCUAUUGAGAUGUGACAUUGCCUGCAUCUCAUCCUCUUUCUCGUUGUUUUUAAUGACUUCAAACAAGUUCAUUUUCGCUGGGCUUUGUCGCGUGGGGACCCAUGGGGAUGUCUAGCGGUCAUUUCUUUAACUGGCAAUGGUGUGAUGUCUUCAAGAAUACCAUGCGCUGCAUCUCUUGCACCCACACCCUCUCACUGGUGCUGUGCGUCCUCGCCUUGACACCGGCGGCAGAGGGGGCGGGGCCCGAGACGCUAUGCGGGGCGGAGCUAGUGGACACGCUGCAGUUUGUGUGUGGAGAUAGAGGCUUUUAUUUCAGCAAACCAACAGGUUAUGGGCCAAGCUCACGGCGGUCGCACAACCGUGGCAUUGUGGAUGAAUGCUGCUUCCAGAGUUGUGAGCUGCGUCGUCUGGAGAUGUACUGCGCACCUGUCAAAUCAGGAAAAGCACCACGCUCGCUGCGGUCUCAACGCCACACAGACAUUCCCAAGACACCAAAGAAACCUAUAUCUGGGCACAAUCACCCAUCUUGCAAGGAAGUUCAUCAGAAGAACUCUAGUCGAGGAAACACGGGUGGCCGGAACUACCGAAUAUAGAGGGAGGUGAAGCAAUUGGGUGUGGAGAUGGACAGUUCAGAAGGACAGAGCAGAAAGCAAGAAAGGAGAGAAAGGGGCAUGACCUUACCUGGUCCUCCAGUGGAGUGGUUCACUGUAAAAAACAAACAGAGAGGAUGAGGGUCAAAUAAGCUCUCUGUAUAGAAACCAACAACUAGAACCAAAAUCCAAUGACCUUAUACAUUGAACCAUUCCAUGCUGGGGGAAGAAAAAAUUGGUCAAACUAAUAAGACUAGUUUAGCUGCUGAAAUAUGAACAAAACUGUUUUUACUCUUCGUGGGAGCUUAUUUUGCCCCUUGACUGUAGGCACCUGUUUAUCCUCGCAAUAAGAAAGCAGGCGCCCUCUUAUCUGGUCCAGCAAGGUGUGAGCUCCACCACAUUCUGAACUGCUACUGAGAAGCUGGGCUAUUGGAGGAGAGGUUAAGGCCUCUUGUAAAACUUCAUCAAGAGUUCAUUGGAGGAUUUUACACCUCUUUUCCAAUCUUCUCCUCCCACAGCCCCACCUGGUGAGCACUACAUAAAAUUACAUUAGAAUUCCAGGCAAAGGUUUGGCCAGAGUGCAUCUUUUCAGAUUGGGUCGAUUCUGCUCAAGAAGACAUUGGACUUCAUUCAAACUGUUUAAAGCUGUUAUCACAAGCUUUGUUGAAAAUAUUCACCCUUGAGAGUUUUGCACUUGCAUCGUUCAGAAAUUUGCUGGUUGUGCCUGGGGGAAAAGCCAGUGGGCUGAAGCAAACCAAUAGAACUAGAGUACUGCACCUAAGUGGAAUGGGAGAAGAUGUCUAGGCAAAAUAUAAUAGUUAUCUUUAGCUAUCUUUGUGAAACUGACAUUAGUAACUAUCAGUAGGAUUCUGUCUGAGGCCUUACUUAUGUGGAGGACAGAGGGUAUUAAAAAUAACCACUGAGAGGAAUCCUAUUAAUGAUUAAUUCAACUUGGCCUGCACUCUUUUUCUUUUGUUACUGUGGGGACAGAUCCUCUUUUUUUAAUCACUUUGACUGCAUGAUUCUCUUUUGGAGGAAAAAAGGACAGUCUCACACGCACACACAUAGAUGAAAACACUACUCAGAAUGAAAGAGAACACACACUCAGACACACUUGAGAUUCUUUCCAAAACCUGGAUAGCACACACACACACACACACACACACACACACACACACGCGUGCGUGACCACAUGACGAUUCAGAUCAGCACAACUGUGGGAAAGGUUCAAAUCACUGGCUCCUGUGAUUGCCACAGAUUUUCCAAAUAGGAUGUGGCCAUUUGCACAGUCUUUCUGGUCAGUGGUCACCUCACUCAUCUGAACCCUAGAACACACAUCUCAUGUCUCUCUCACAGUGUCUGUUCUCUCUGUAUGUGCAUAAUCCAACCAAUACUGCAACAUAUGUUAUCCUAUGCAUUCUUUAACUAUCAUAUAGCUGAACAGUAUAAAAAAUCUACCCACUGUAUAAUGGUGCUAUUUUGUAGUUUUACUUGCAAGGGUUGGGCCAAAGACUGCAGGAGGGUGAGGGCAAAGCUGACAGUUUGGCCAAAGGCUGCAUGAUAGUGAGGUUGAACCUGGCGGUUGGAGGCCUUUCCCUUUUGCACAGCCUUGUGGCCACCAGUUUAAAUAGCGUAGUUUUUUUUUAUUGUAAUAAUUUUCAUUUUCAUUUUUAAGCUGUUAAAGGUAGUCAUGUAUGCGAGAACAUGUAUGUGUCUGAUGUCUGUGAAUGCAUGGAAAUAAUAUCAUGUUGUGAUCCCUAGCAGGCAGACUGCAAUUUGUUGUUGUCAUUGUUGUUGUUUUGUUUUUAAAGGUUUUUAAAUUAUUAUUUGAACUCGGUAGAAUUCCCAAUGCCAAAUACCUUUCAUAGAGCACUGUGAACUGUGAUAUUCCAAUAUCAUCUUCCAAAAGAGGAGUGUAUUUUUGUCUGUUCCGAGACAAAUGGAUUUGUCUCCUCUCCAGCACAUAACAGUAUCAGGUUAGAACAAGGCCUGGGUUCAAACAACAACCAUUAGAUAUUAAAAUCUGCAGAGAGAGGGGUUUUUUUUUGUCUGGUCAUGUAGUCCCAUCGAGCAUAAAUGAGAAUGAUUUUGUCGCCAAUUUUGCGUGUUUGUUUAUCAGUUAUUCUCAGUGUGCUUUUCUAGCCAGUGUAAUUUACAACAGUUGCCUGCUAAAUUGGGUGUUUGAAUCCAGGCUUCAGACAUAUGUUCUGCUUUGUGGUGGAAGAAUAACAGAGCCCCAUCACCAAUUCCUUUUUGUUUAUUCAUACUAUGCUGUUCUCAUAAGAGUCAUAUGCGUAGCAGUUUUACCUAACCCACACACAAACAUGAACAUUUGAGCAGCACAUUAUCACGUCUACUGUUGUAGCUAGGAUCAUUACUGCGGACUGAAUAAAACAUAUGCUGUAUGUACAUAGCCAACCACAAUUUUGUAGGGAAAAUUAGCCGUUUAAAUAUGGGCACAUAUUCUUAUAUCAGAUAGCAGCAACUGACUACGAAAUAUGUAAUGAUUCAACAGUCCUUUGUAGUAACACGUUAAUUGUCAGCAUUCCAUCCGGUAUAUUUCCAUUGACACAUGACUUCACACAUACUUGUGACGUAAGGGGGUACAUUUUAUGAAACUGAGGGUUAAAUACCCAAAACUGUUGGAUGUUGACAUCUAAGUAAAUCUAUUAAACAGAACAAUGGACAAGUUAAGGAAUGAAUAUCAGAUGUGUUUUUUUAAGGGUACGGGACACAAGGAAGAUAGAAACAUCUUUCUGCCCUCUCUUGUUUAAGAAGCGUCACACCAAAUCUUAGGCAUGCUGUUAGCCUUAUGACUAAUACGCUAAUGGCAUCAUAGAACUUGCUACAUUCAUCGAGGUUCAUUACCCUUAAUUGUCAUAUCUGUGGAGCUGGAUUAAGCAACAUGUAUUUCAUGGUUAGUGUUUCAGGACUGCUUUUGCCCUGAGCGUCAAGGAGUGCUUUAGAGAUGUAUUAAGGUGUAAGACAACGGGUGAUAUUAUUUUGUGAAUUACUCUUGCUACAAAUCUUUCCUUCUUUUUUCUUUCAGAAAACAUAUAUUGAGUAGUUUUUUUUCCAGUGUAUUAUUUCACAAAACCAACGAUAGAGUCACAAUGAAGACAAAUUUUGAAAGCUUAAUGAGAAAAUACUCUGGGGUCUUAAGGUUGAUAAGGAGAAGGAAUGUUUGUGAGAAGCUGUCAUAUCUGGUCCUCAAAUGCCUUCUGUAUUGGAAUAAAUUAUCGGAAUACUGACCAACUGUACACUAUUCCUGCUGAAUAAAUCACUUGUAAAAAUACAGAA